CAGAAGAGAUUGUUCUUCCGGGUCCUGAGUGUCUUCCGGUCUGGCCAGUGUCGAAGGCGGUUGCUGGUCGGUGGUUUUAGGUGGGCUGUUGCUGCCGGAUUCCCGCAGUUUGCAUGGUGGGGGAGGCGAAGAGUCGGUGGGCUCAAAGCGAAGAGGGAAGUCAGAGGCUCAGCUAAGCAGGAGGUCGGGUCCUAGGCUUUACUCAAGGAAUCUAUUCCACUGCAGCCUUACAUUGCCUGUUUGAUCAGUGGGCUUCAAGAGAGCCAUGAAUGAGAUGAGAUAGCCGCCCACGAGCGUGCUUAAAUCCAACUCCAGAUGGAUACAAAAUACAAAGACGAAGUAUUUAGGAAAUAUAUCCAGUUCCAUGAAUCUAAAUUGGAUACCUCUGACAGAAAGCUGUGCCCAGUUACCAAUCUACAAAUGGCAGCUUCAGCUUUACUCUGCUUUCCCAAGAUUGAUCCCUUUUAUAGAUUCCGGUUAAUUAAGUUUUAUGAAAUUGCUGAAAAUUCACUUCGAUCCUUGAGAGCUUCAAGUCUGCAUUCACUCCAGAAUGCAUUCGAAGUGCUAGAAUCAGUUGGAAUUAAUCUUUUUCUUUACCCUUGGAAGAAGGAAUUCAAAAAUAUAAAGACUUAUACAGGACCUUUUGUUUAUUAUGUAAAGUCUACAUUAUCUGAUGAGGAUAUAAAACAGAUAUUAAACUUGAUGGGAUACGUUCAAGAACUUGGAACUAUGUAUAAGCUCAAAGACCUGGUUGAUACCUUUCAAGUCAAGAUGGUAUCAUUUGAACUGUUUCUGGCCAAAACAGAAUGUGAACAGUUGAUUGAAAUUCACUUGCAGGUGAAGGAAAAAGGUUAUUCUGAACUUGACAUUGUAAAGGAGAGAAAAAAUAGCAAUGAUGAUGUUCGUGGCUGUUCAGAUGCCUUGAAACGCCGUGCUGAAUGCAAAGAGAAUCUAAACACUUCCAUGUCACGAAUGGUACUUCAGAAAUCUGCCAGUGAAAGAGGCUCUAAAGAUUAUUUCAAACCCAAAGUUAGCAAGCCUUCUAAAUCAGUGGACACGUAUGAUAAUUAUUUGGAUAGUAAGAAGCCACCUUUGAUGGCAUCAUUGAGUUUCCGGAAAGAGCCCAUUUUGGUUGAUACUGAAGAUGAUAUUAGAGAUGAAAUAAUUCGACCAUCACCAUCCCUCCUAGCCAUGUCAAGUUCUCUAGAUGGAUGUACUGAGGAAUAUUUGCCAAUUUCAUCCCACACCAAUGGCAUAUUAAGAACAGGUAUGCCGUUUGGUACUUACUAUUCCCCUCAAGAUGAUUUAGAUUUAUAUACUGACCCUGAUUCUAGAAGCAUGUUUAAAAGACAAGAGUCUUCUAAACAUGAUGUAUGGCUGCUCAAAAAUUAUGCCAAUCCAAGUUACCAUAAGCGUGCACAUCUAGCCAAAGAGACCUCUUCCCUUAAGUGCCAAAAUUGCGGAUUAUCUUGUGGCACCUCCAUUUGCCAAAAAUGUGACAAUGUGCUCAUCUGCAGACAAGAAUAUCCAGCAAUAAAACAAAGCAACUAUUCACUCAAAUCACUUUCAGGUGAAAAUACGUCUGGAUCUUCUGGAAGGGAAAAGCCACAAUACAUGUUACAGACUCAAGAGCGAGCAUCUCACAGUUCGAAAUCCAAAGCUUUGGGUUCUUCUCGCUGUGGUUUUUGCAACCGUUCAGGAGCUACCAACACAUGCACUUAUUGUUCUAAAGUUUCCUGUGAUACUUGCCUCAACGCUUACAAUUAUGAUCCCUGUUGUCGAAAAAGUGAGGUUCACAGGUUUCUGCCAAACAAUCAACUAAACUACAAAUCAAAUCCGCUCUCGCACCUGGUUUAUAGAUAAUUUUUUUUAAAAAAAUAUUUUUUCAGAAUCCUUUAUUUUGGGGUAAAAGGGCUAAAAACACAAAUAUGCUGAUAAGUAUUUUAGCAAACUUUUAAGAGAAGAGAAACAGAUAUGCCCUAUUAAUAGUAUAUACAGCAUAGGUGCCAAUCCCGAUGAUGUGGUUUUAUACAGGUUUGUAGUGUAACUGAUGCUGCUACUCUUUUUAGGCAACUUUUAGUUGCUUUUCCAUUUAGAUGAGUUAGAGAAGCACUUCUUUUUGUUGGUUUGUUUUUUCAGAACCAGGCAAUUAAUUUACUUUCUUUUGCUAAAAAAAAGUCAUAGUUCUUUUAUUGCUGGUUUUGCCUCAUUUAUGUAACAUAGCACCAGAAUAAAGGGGCAACCUAACAACCAGAAGAACAAUUCAGAUCAUUGUAAAGUUGUUUGUAGUUUAUACAAAACAUUCACACGUAUGUUUGCUCUUACUUCGUCCCCUCCACACUCAUUUUUUUUAAAUGAAGUUUACAUACAUUUCCUGGGCUCCAGUAGAGAUAUCAUGGAUGUUGUCAUUUUGCAGACUUUCCAAUAUAUGCAUUAGAUUUUAAACCGAGUGUUUAUCUUAUUGUCCACAUUGCCAAAACAUCUUCUUGUUUGACUGUUCUAGUAUUCAAAAGAUGUCACUUUGUAUGUGUUACAUUAUGCCUGGAGUGCUCUGUUUUCUAAUAAUCAACGAUGAUUCUUCUGUUGCACAUGUAUCAGAUUCUUAUUUUUACUGUAAAUAAUUUGGAAGUAGUUUAUUUUAAUAAAUAUUUUCAGUAUGUGGUCUUUUGAAAAUGGGUAAGAUCAUGUAAUUGAAGUCUCUGGGUUAUUUUUUCAGAUAACAUUUUACUUUGUACUUUAUCUGACCCGCAGCAUAUUACCAUUGUUAUAGAGACUUGUUUCUAUAAAUCAGUUUUCUUUAUUCCAUCCAACUGGAUGAAAUUCUGCUUCCUGAAUCAGAAACAUUUGGAUACAUAACUUCACCUUUCUUUAAACUCAAUAUUCGAAAGAGUUGAGUGCACACACAUUUACUUAUGCUGUCUCUCAUUCACAUUUCUGGGAAUAGUUUACAUACACUCUGCAUAGCUGCACUCCACUGCAAUUUGGUUAUAUUAAAAAAAAGUGAGAGGAGUUAAUGCUGUUGCCAGCCAUUAAGGUUUCUCUGUCCUGGAGGUAGAUUUAAAUGCAUAAUUUGAUCUAGUUCCAAAGUGUAUCAAGAUAUCACUCUAACAUUUAUGUAGCCUUUUUAUGCCAUUGCAUUGAAUUCUGAGUUUUGUGGAACAUUAUCCUUGACCUAAAACUGUACAUUUUAAGAGCAUGGUUGUUGAUUCUAGGAUUUGUAAGAAUAUAAUCCUUUCACCUUUUAUGUGAUUAAACUUAUAUGAAUGGCCAGUGAUUACAUUAUCAGUGUGCAGGGAGGGGUUGGUGGGAAGAAGAUUAGCAAGGGUGGGCAGCAAUUCAAAGGGGAUUCAAUAUAUAUUUGUACGUUUGUUGAUAUUUUUUGUCGUUAAUGACAUCUUCAAAUGAUUGUUACAGAAAGUUGCCAGCAGCAAAAUAAUAUCAAAACAAGGAUAUACGCUCAAGAAAAUCCGAAAAAAAGGAUGAUCAAAAUGGCUUUCUACAUUCUAUUUUAUUUUAUUUCCCACCAACAAGAAAGCUUAAUAGAAUCAUUGCUUAUGUGAGUUAUUAAGGUUUUCAAAAUUAUAGAUGGGCUUUUAUCGGUGUAUAUUAAUAUACCUGUAGAUACAAUGUGUAUAUAAUGUCAAAUUUAAAACAAAUCUAGUCUUUCUAAAGAAUCUGCCUGUAUAGUUUAUUUUGUUGUAUUGAGUUUCUCUUUAACCUUUUAAAGCAUCAUGGCUGUUAUUAGCUGGCUGCUAUACUAUAUAGUUUUUAAUUUUCUCUUGUUUUGGAUACCAUGUUGUUAUUCACAUAACACUAACUAAAAACUGUGAUGCCACGUAAUUUAUACAGUGAACCUAGCAGGGAUUAACUAUCUUGCUUUUAAUGAAACAGUCCAAUGUAUAUACAUAUAAUGAAAUACCUGUAGUUCAGAAAAAUGUGAUAUUAUGCUAAAUAUAUUUUUAUGUGUAACUUGCUGUAUGAGAUUGCUGUGAUUGAGAUAGUAAAAUAUAUGUUAAUUUAAAAUGUA